AUGUUUUUGUUUUCCCUCAUGAUCUUUAAACGAACAUGCCUGUCAGAUUGGAAUUUCCUUCCUAUUUACACCCCGGCGAUGAUGCGAAAAACAGUUUUGGGCCUUGCGCCUGUGGCAAUACAGACAAUUGCCGCACGGAGUGAGCGCCAGAGACAAAGUCGGUCACAGCAGCAGCAGCAGCAGCAGCAGCACCAGCAGCACCAGCAGUCCUUCAACACGGCGAAUAGUGGCGGCCGUGUUGCGUGGGCGAAUGGUGGCGGCAACCCCAACCAAAAGCAGAGCAAGUCUCUCUGGUGCUCCGCUGCCGAGGAGGUGGCGCUGCAAGAUGUCAAGCGCAACUACGCGAAUGAUCGCUUUCUUGAUAAAAAGACGCGCAGUUUUGUCCGCGAGCGUCUGCGGGAAGAGGGUGUGUCGUCGAACCUCUUCCCCGUGCACGUAAGCCCCGACACGACUCUCUACGUCUACGAGGUUGAGGCCACCAGCCGUCUUCUCCAGCCGCAGCCGUCAGAUGCUGCGCAGGAGGAGGAGGGGGAGAAGCGGGUGAAAAGCGCUGGAAGGGCAAAAGGCCGUUGUAAAAAAGGGGCGGGUCAAACAGCGACCACCGCCACUUCCCGCGACCCAAUCACCAAGCGGGUUGAUGCCACGCGAGCCUGGCGUGUUGUACGACGGUUCCUGCAGCGGUGCGUCCCGAACGCACCACCGUUUGUGAAUGUUCGACAGAAGGUGUACUCUCUCUCGCCCCUCCCCACGAAUGCGCUGCAGCUACCGGCCGAGUACCUCGACUUGGGCUGGGUGGCAUGCAAGCUGCGGUUUCAGGGAAAGGUCUCCAUGACGCAGAUGGCACCUUCCGACAUCCAAGAAGUGACUAACAAAAUUGCCAUGUGGACGUUGGGGCAGCAGGAGAAUGGGAAGAAGGCGUUCACUGUGGCAAGAGAAGCAAACGGAAAGCUUGUGUGCACACACGACAGCUUUAUUGUGGGAGGGAUGCGUAUUUUUAAGGGAACCAUUGUUCGAGCCGUCUUUAUAGACUCCAAUGGGGCCAUUGACACUAAAAAUUGUGCUGCCUCUGCCCUUCCAGCCCCACCAUCCACCGCCGUACUGACGACAUUAAAGGCGGGUCAUCAUCCCACGGAGCCGCUGCGGUUUCUUGUGAAGGAAUUCCUGCGUGAGUUUGAGUUUAAGGAAACGCCCGUGCAAAGUUAUCGAAUAGAGGAUGCCUCGGGUGUUAUCAUGGCCUCCUUGUGGAAGGCAACAAAAUCGGCGAAACUCUCACCUGGAAACGUCUAUGAAGCUACGGACUACCGUGUUCGCGUGUUUGAGAACCGUGGCAGCAUGCGGCUUGUGGAGAUGACGGUGGGGGAGACGGCACUGAAGCCCGUUGAGGAGAAGCAGACACAAAAGAAGAGUGCAGAGGUGAAAAGUACAUCCGGUGGAGUUGAGCCAACAAAAAGACGAGGAAAAAAGAAGGGCGUUGUACCCCCGACAGGAAAGGAAGAGGCGACGGACGCCAUCAACAACAAAGUCACACCCGGAGUCACGGAAGAAGGCUCAUCUUCCGUGAUGCCAGGUGCCCUUGCGCUGAAGAUUGAUACAAAGGGCACCGUCGCAGCGGAGCUCUCCCUCUGGGAGGAGGUGAAGCAACACUUUGGCAGCGGUCCAUACGACGAAGCCACAGAAGAACGCAUCGCACGCUCCGUGCAGGGAACGCCUGUGAUUAUAUCUGCUAACCUGCGACACUCCAUGAUUCGUUUUGUUCGGUUUAAUAUUGAUCCCGAGAAGGUGGACCUUGAUCCUGUGCUGCAGCGCCUCCUACCCGACCUUGAGCCCGGCCAGCCCUGCGCCGUGCUGAAAGACCACAGCGUGGUUCCCUUGCAGGCACUUCACUGCUGCUACGACCCCCGCAUGAAGUCUUGGCAAGACAUCAGUGUUUCUACGUGUUCCUUCUUGCCAACACGACGACUGGAUGUCCUGCGAGUAUUCCACGCGGUAUUGGAGAAAGAAAUGCGACGAUGGGGUCUCAUAUUGGCAUCCGAACCAUUUGCAUCAAAGGAACUUUCACUACUCCCCGCCCCGCAGAAACUGACCUCGUAUGGGGUGGGGCAGAGUGCAUCUUUGAAUCACAAACAGAAUCGUUUGGGCUCGCUGCGUCACCCCCCGCCACCCUCUUUCCCCACGACGCUCGCGGUCGUUGCCAUUGCGUCGCCGCAUGCCGAGGAGGAGGUACGCGCACGCAUCACGCAAACUGGACAGGCGGUCGCACGCUCCUACCGCAGCCCCAUCACCAUGACUGUGCCGGACGAGAAGGAGGCAGUGCGAUUUUUACUGCAACAACUCACCAACGCAUCGGAUGGAACGCUCAAAGAUCCGAAUACAGCUGCUGUCAUCAUCUCAGCAGAGCGGGAGACACGCGCCUCACGCUGGAUCCUUGCAGAAUGUCUCACACGUGGCAUUCUUGGAAUGUUUAUACCGCCCGCCACAACACCGAAGCGGCAAAAUCUUUUGUGUGAAAAUGUGCGGAUCCAACUUCGGACGAAAUUUGAGACGGACCCCGCUCAUGGGGUAAAUCUUCCACGGGAAGUUCCGGCGUUGGCACAGCGCCGGGUGCUCGUUGUGGGCGUGGACGCCUGUCACACCACGACGUUCAGUACAGGGAGUGUUGUUGGUAUCUUGUGCGCACCCGAGCGCAACCACCUUCUGCCGUUCUUCUGGAAACAUGAGAUGCGAGGGCAGGAGGCGGAUCGGGUCACUGAACAUUUUCGUCUCGUCCUCCAGCGAGCGUGCGAGUUGUACGACGGAUUGGAUGAGGUGGUCGUCCUUCAGGAUGGUGACGUGAGCAGUGAGGCACGCCAGAUGCAACCACACCUGCCAGCCGGCUGUGGCUUCACAUUUAUGUGCCUUCACAAGCGAACAAAUGUGCGUUUUGUGCAUCGAGUUCUGGGAGGGAACCAGUUUCCCAAAGCGACGGCUGCCAAUGUCGUUAAGGGAGCCGUCGUGCAGGCCCUUACCCCCAUUUCGUUGCAGGAUGACUCCGUUGUUCCAUCCUUCUACUUGCAGAACCAUGACUGCAACAUGUCAACAGCCCGCACUGUGCAGUACACAGUUCACAGCACAAGCCCCACGCUGGAAGUAUCAGAUGUGCAACAGCUCUCACAUGUUCUCUCACAUGUGUUGUCGACGCAGGCAACGAAGCUGCCGAUGGCCACUCGAUGUGCCCAUCGCUUGUCAAGUGUGGCGGAAAGGCUGUUGGACGCGGCCCCACCACUCACCUGCGACAUGAUCCCUGCACCUCUGAAUGAACGUUUGUGGUUUUUUUAA